UCGGCUUUAUCGAUAAGAGAGGAUCCUCAUAAGGCUAGUUAGUUACCUACCACUCCAACUUGUCUAUGCCUUGACUCAAUCCGUUUCCCAUUAUUCAGUAACCCACAUUCAUUCUUACAAAGUCCAACACACGUUCAAGCUUGCGAACAACCUUUUUUAAAGUAGCUAAACCGAUAGAUAAAUUCUACGCAUCAAUCAACAUAAGCUCCUUCGCAAUAUUUUAUCACCCUCGAGACCCCGCUCAGCAUCAAAGAAGUCCCCCUCCCCGCCCAUCAUGAACUUCCUCCACAGUACUCUCGAUCGACUUCGCGAAUUUACGCCAGUAUCUAACACCUCUACUUUUCGCACCAACGGACAAAUCACACCUGAAGAAUUCGUAGCAGCAGGGGAUUAUCUGGUCUUCAAGUUUCCAACAUGGUCAUGGGCAGAUGCAUCCCCAACAAGCAAGCGUGCCAACUAUUUACCGGCUGGCAAGCAGUUUUUAGUUACACGUGGCGUGCCUUGUCAUCGCAGACUUGACGAUGAUUUUGCGGGUGAAGCAGGACAUGACGAAACUGUUGUUGGAGAUGGAGAGGACUUCAGAGGUACGGGUCAUUCGCCGGGUGAUGAUGAAGAUGGUUGGUUGAGGACUGGAGGGUUGGCCGCUAGUCAAGAAGCACGAGCGAGAGAUGUGAGGACGGUAGAUGAAAGUGGCGAGAUGGGUGAAAGAGAAGAUGACGAGGAUGAUAUUCCAGAUAUGGAGGAUGAAGACGAUGAUGACGAAGCUAUUAUUCGUGACCCCAAAGCUGACAAUGCGAAUUCGUGAGUAUCUUCCCGUAUACUGAAAUGAUCUUGAUGGCCGAAUAUUAAUAAGCCAUCUAUCAGAUCUCGUCGCACAUAUACUAUUUACAUCGCAUACACGCCCUAUUAUCGGACUCCUCGGCUAUACCUCUCGGGAUACCUUUCAAGCUCCCAACCUCUUCCACCACACCUUAUGAUGGAGGAUAUUGUGGGUGAUUAUAAAGACAAGACUGUCACAUUAGAAGAUUUCCCAUAUUUUAGCAACAACAUCAAGAUGGCAUCGAUCCACCCUUGCAAACACGCCAGUGUCAUGAAGACUCUGCUUGAUCGCGCAGACGCAGCUCUGAAACUCCGACGAGAGAAACAAAAACAAGGGAAGACAGUACCCGGAGCUAAAGAUACUGGCAUGGAGGGCCUAGUGGAUGAUUUUGAAAAGACCAAAAUUAGUGAUAAGAAAGCUAUGCUAGAAGGUCUGAAAGCAGGCGGGAACGGGAACGACGAGUGGGAGGUAUUGCAGCAUGAUCAAGAUUUUGCAAGCGAGGAGGAAGAGGUUGCUAUUCGUGUGGAUCAAUAUCUUGUUGUGUUUUUGAAGGUAAGCCAUUUUAGUUAGACCUUUAUUGCAGUGGAAUAUGCUAACCUAGGCCCAGUUUAUGGCGAGUGUGACGCCAGGUAUUGAGCAUGAUUUUACUAUGGGUGUUUAAUGCGACGAUCGUCCUUGUUAUAUGCGCAAACCCAGGAUAAUGGGAACCAGGUUUUAAAGGAGAUAAUUUUUGUUUAUUAUUUGAUAUGUGGAGCGGAGCAAUCCUUAUGAGGAGUUCGGCGCGCCUUGGGUAGGUCUUUGCACCAAUAGCAAAGUACCACUAGGGACACAUCAGGAUUUCCGCUUUCACUUUGUGCCUUUGUGAUGAUUCAUGCUUGACUGAUUCUAAAUUGUCAUGUGGCUAUCGAUGCCCCGCAUGAUACCGCCUGGAAGGAGAUCUGGGCCUUCAUCCAUUAACAAUGAAAAUGAUGAACAGUUCUUUUUUUCUGAG